AUGAAGAGCGAGAAAUAUCACCCGAGAGCACUCGACCUCAAUGCCCCAAUUCUGUCCACUAGGCGUCCUCCGCAGUCAUCUUGUUGCAUCAGUAAGGCAUCGUCCAGAAGGGGUGUCCGUGAUGGCAUUCCGUUCUCAUGGGAACAAGCUCCUGGCAAGCCCAAGACGAGCAUCGGCGAUGUGGCGGUUGGCGACUCGACCAGGGACGCGGACACACCCCGCCCUCGUCCUCCGCCUCGAAUGGUCACGAAACCGAAGGGAUAUGGCGAUGGCGGCGACAUUUCUUCGUUGAGUAAUGAAGAGGAUGUGUUUUCUAACGCGGUGGACGUGUUCUCACUGUCGGAGGCGAUAGACAUCCUCGAGAGAGAGGAGAGACCGGACCACCGGCCGAACGAUAACAUCGACCAGCUGAAGUUGAGGAUUGCGGAGUCAAGCGGCGGGGACUUGUCGCCCAACUUCAUGAUCAACCGGUUCCUCCCAGAUGCCAGCGCAUUGGCGUCGGCGGCGAUGUCUUCAGCCCUUACUAAUUACCAUCACCAUCCUUCUUGUAGCGAGGAUGAGACCAAGGACUUGAGCUGUUGCACGAGGCAGGUGAGUUCAUCAUGUAGGUACAAAAUAGAAGGGCUGGGAUCAUCAAGGGGAUCAGCAACAACACAAGCUAGUGGAGCUCAGAAAGGGUGUGGAAUGGAGAAUCUCUUCCUUUGGCGCAUGAAGCCCAGGUUCUGUGGUGUUCAAAAGGCUUCCCAUGUUCAACCCUUCGCUACUUCCAAGCCCAAAAAUAUGUAA